AUCACAUGCUUUGAGGCCCUCUUAAAGAGAUAGGCACCUACUUUCCCUCCACCCUAAACACCGCCCUGAGGGCGGUGACUCCAGCGACCGUGGUAAUUGCAGCUGCUCAGGGGUAGAGCUUGCCCCAGCGCCAAAUAGUGGCAAAGGCGCCUUGCGUCGGGGGUGCCUGGGAGCCGGGAUCCUGAAAUCGGCAGCUCCCCAGGCAUACACACUCUCAGACAGGAAGCGGUGAUACCUAAUAAGCCAGGGCAGCGGGACAAACCCGAGGGGCUUCCCCGAGUUGAGGAGAGGUGGGGUUAGAGGGCACAGGUAAUAGGGCAGGAAAAAGAUGGAGCAGUCCGGGACGGCGGCGUCGGGAGCGGGAGGCGGCAAUGAGGAAGGCGGCGGGGGCCGGAGCAACAAGCGGAGCACGGGAAACCGAGCCGCCAACGAAGAGGAAACGAAAAACAAACCCAAAUUGCGUGACCGAAUUACAAGUUUCAGAAAAUCUACUGUCAAAAAAGAAAAACCUCUUAUUCAGCAUCCUAUUGAUUCUCAAGUUGCAAUGAGUGAGUUUCCAGCAGCUCAGCCAUUGUAUGAUGAACGAUCGUUGAAUUUGUCAGAAAAGGAAGUACUGGAUCUUUUUGAAAAAAUGAUGGAGGACAUGAACCUUAAUGAAGAACGGAAAGCUCCUUUACGAAACAAAGAUUUUACCACCAAGCGUGAGAUGGUUGUCCAGUAUAUUUCUGCUACUGCUAAAUCCGGAGGGCUGAAAAACAGCAAACAUGAAUGCACCCUGUCUUCACAAGAGUAUGUUCAUGAAUUACGAUCUGGUAUUUCAGACGAGAAACUUCUUAACUGCCUUGAAUCUUUGAGGAUUUCUUUAACCAGCAAUCCCGUCAGCUGGGUUAACAACUUUGGCCAUGAAGGUCUCGGCCUCUUAUUGGAUGUGCUGGAAAAGCUUCUGGACAAGAAACAGCAAGAAAAUAUAGACAAGAAGAAUCAGUAUAAACUUAUUCAGUGCCUCAAAGCAUUUAUGAAUAAUAAGUUUGGAUUGCAAAGGAUUCUGGAAGAUGAAAGGAGUCUUUUGCUAUUAGCAAGAGCAAUUGAUCCCAAGCAACCCAACAUGAUGACUGAAAUAGUAAAAAUACUUUCUGCUAUUUGCAUUGUUGGAGAAGAGAACAUUCUAGAUAAACUUUUAGGGGCAAUAACUACAGCAGCAGAAAGAAAUAAUAGGGAACGAUUUUCACCAAUUGUGGAAGGAUUAGAAAAUCAUGAAGCUUUGCAAUUACAGGUGGCCUGCAUGCAGUUUAUAAAUGCCCUUGUCACGUCGCCUUAUGAGCUUGAUUUUAGAAUACAUUUAAGGAAUGAAUUCCUGCGUUCAGGCUUAAAAACAAUGUUACCAGAUCUAAAAGAAAAAGAGAAUGAUGAGCUUGAUAUUCAGUUGAAAGUAUUUGAUGAAAACAAAGAAGACGACCUGACUGAAUUAUCACACCGUCUCAAUGACAUUCGAGCAGAAAUGGAUGAUAUGAAUGAAGUAUAUCAUCUUCUGUAUAACAUGUUGAAGGACACUGCCGCUGAAAAUUACUUACUAUCCAUUCUACAACAUUUUUUGCUCAUCAGAAAUGAUUAUUAUAUCAGGCCACAGUAUUACAAGAUAAUUGAGGAGUGUGUUUCACAGAUAGUGCUGCACUGCAGUGGUAUGGACCCAGAUUUCAAGUACAGGCAAAGAUUAGACAUUGAUUUCACACAUCUGAUAGAUUCUUGUGUGAACAAGGCAAAAGUUGAAGAAAGUGAACAGAAAGCAGCAGAAUUUUCAAAGAAGUUUGAUGAAGAAUUCACAGCUCGCCAAGAAGCUCAAGCUGAACUUCAAAAAAGAGAAGAAAAAAUUAAAGAGCUUGAAACAGAAAUCCAGCAACUUCGAGCCCAGGGACAUGGACUCUCAGGUUCAUCAGGAAUUCCAGGCCCUCCUCCACCACCUCCAUUGCCAAGUAGUGGCUUAUCCCCACCACCACCACCUCCACCAGCACCACCUCUGCCCAGAGGAGCUCUUCCUCCUCCUCCACCUCCUUUACCUGGAAUGACUGGUAUACCACCACCGCCACCACCACCACCUUUAUUUGGGGGACCUGCUCCACCAUUUCCUCCAGGCAUUUCUCCUUCCCCAGGAGCACCACUGGAUCUGCCUUUUGGGAUGAAGCAGAAAAAAAUAUAUAAACCUGAAGUACCCAUGAAGAGAAUCAAUUGGUCAAAGAUUGAGCCCAAAGAAUUAUCUGAGAACUGUUUCUGGUUAAAAGUUAAGGAGGAAAAAUUUGAAAAUCCAGAUAUCUUUGCAAAAUUGGCACUGAAUUUUGCUACCCAGAUAAAAGCAACAGAAGUAUUGUUGGUAAGAAUCCAACAAACAGCCUUGUAUUAAUGUGGUUAGAGUUGCAAUAUAUAGAAUUAUA